AUGGAGCUUGGACAUUUGUUCUUAGAAGAUCUUCCGCCUUAUGAACCAUCUCCUCAUGAGCUCCUGGAAUCACAGAAGAAAGCAAUUAUGAGAGAACUAUGCAAUGAGAGAAAUCUUGGAAAACUAAAGGGUGUCUGGGAGAAGGGUCAAGAUAAAAAAAUUCCAAAGGCAAUUCUCCAUCAGUUGUUUAGGAAGUCAGGGUGGGAAGCACCAACUUUCAAUAAAGUAACAGGAGAAGGAAGUAAUUAUUCAUAUACUAUAAGUAUCAUGUGUAAACCUGGUGGAUAUGGUAAAAGCAGAGAACCUGGGGGUCUAUUAACUUUUAAACUUCCUCAUCAUCGAGUUGAAGAUUUUGAAUCCAUCGAGGAUGCACAGAACAGGGUUGCAGCAUUUGCUAUACAUAAGCACUUUCCUGAUUUGCCUGUUCACUUUGCACUUACUGAGCCUUAUGCCUCUCUAGUUUUGAUCUGGAAACAAGAGGAAUCGUUGGGUAUACAAAGCAGUGAAGAAGAACGAAGAGCAAAGUUUGUUGACAGCUUGUUUGAGGCAGAGAAUUUCAGCUUGAACACUUCGUCUAAUGGCAGACACAAUCCACUUUCAAUGGUAGACUCAUGUGUCAAAGAGAAUGACGACUUGGCUGUUGUCAAAUCUAACCAUAGAGCUAAAAGAGACUUUUCCGUGAAAGCUGAGUGUUCUUAUCUCAAACGGAAACAAGAAAACAUCAAGAGAAUGCAGAAGUAUAAGGACAUGUUGACAACAAGAGCUUCUCUUCCCAUAUCAGAAGUGAAGAAUGGCAUUCUGCAACAUCUAAAAGAACAAGAUGUCUUGGUGGUGUGCGGAGAAACAGGAUCUGGAAAGACUACUCAGGUUCCACAAUUUAUAUUGGAUGAUAUGAUCGAUUCGGGGCGUGGUGGAUACUGUAAUAUCAUAUGCACACAACCUCGGCGGAUGGCAGCUAUCUCUGUUGCACAAAGAGUUGCUGAUGAGCGCUGUGAAGCCCCUCCUGGAUUAGGUGACUCCUUGGUUGGUUUUCAGAUUCGUCAUCAAAGUGCAAGGAGUAGCAAGACAAGGCUGCUGUUUUGUACUACUGGCACUCUACUGAGGAAACUUGUAGGAGAUAAUGCCUUGAAAGAUGUUACACAUAUUAUAGUCGAUGAAGUGCAUGAGAGGUCUCUUAAGAGUGAUUUUCUUCUCAUCAUUUUGAAGAGACUGAUUGAGAACCAAUCACCUAAACUGAAAGUUAUCCUUAUGUCCGCUACUAUUAAUGCAGAUAAGCUCUCAAGUUAUUUCGGUCAGUGUCCUGUAGUUACGGCUCAAGGACGAACUCACCCGGUUACUAGUUACUUUCUUGAGGAGAUUUAUGAGAAGACUAAAUACAUUCUGGCUCAAGAUUCUCCUGCUGCCCUAAGAUCUGAUACAUCCAAUAACGAUGAGAUUGGUUCUGUAAAGAUCCCUAGGGGAAAGAAGAAUCUUAUGUUGGCUGGUUGGGGAGACAAUGAAUUGGUUUCAGAGGACUGUGUUAACUCGUCUUAUGUGUCCAGUAACUACGAAUGUUACAGUGACCGUACUAAAGAGAAUCUGAAAAGGUUAAAUGAGAAUGUUACUGACUACGAGCUUCUUGAAGAGUUGAUAUGCCACAUUGAUGCUACUUGUGAGGAAGGAGCCAUUCUUGUGUUUCUCCCUGGAAUGUCGGAGAUUAACAUGUUACUCAAUAGGUUAGCUGCUUGCUAUUGUUUUCGUGGACCUUCUUCUGAUUGGCUUCUUCCUCUACAUUCUUCUAUUGCACCUAAAGAACAGAGAAAAGUGUUUUUGCACCCUCCUAAAGGCAUACGGAAGGUUAUUGUAGCUACAAAUAUUGCAGAGACCAGUAUAACCAUUGAUGAUGUUGUGUAUGUGAUUGAUAGUGGCAAACACAAGGAGAAUCGCUAUAAUCCACAGAAGAAGUUGUCAAGCAUGGUGGAAGAUUGGAUAUCUCAAGCAAAUGCAAGGCAAAGAGCAGGAAGAGCAGGACGUGUUAAACCUGGACAUUGCUAUUCAUUGUACACACGACAUAGGUUUGAGAAGCUCAUGCGUUCCUAUCAGGCUUUGGAACCUCCGAGUGAAGUUUCUAUAAUCUAUGCAAUCUCAUUGUUGCGCAAGGUCGGUGCUGUUGAAGGGGACGAAGAGUUGACACCACUUGGACAUCAUUUAGCAAAACUUCCUGUUGAUGUGUUGAUCGGAAAGAUGCUGUUAUAUGGUGGCAUUUUUGGUUGCUUAUCACCUAUUCUCUCGAUUGCUGCUUUCUUGAGCCACAAAUCACCAUUUGUGCACCCCAAAGAUGAGAAGCAAAAUGGGCAUCAGGUGAAACUUGCUCUUUUGUCUGAUAAGCCCGCGAGUUCUAGUAAUAUGAACAACAAUGACAGACAAUCGGAUCACAUCCUUAUGAUGGUUGCAUAUGAGAAGUGGGUAAAGAUUCUGCAUGAGCAAGGAAAUCAAGCUGCAGAGAGGUUCUGUGAUUCAAAGUUUUUGAGCAGCUCAGUGAUGCGGACGAUAAGAGACUUGAGAAUAGAGUUUGGCAAUUUACUUGGUGACAUGGGGCUCAUCAAUCUUCCUAAUAGUAGAACAGGCGAGGCUAUAAUAUGCGCAGGGUUAAGUCUUAAUAUCGCAGAAGGAUUGGUUAACCGUUUAACGAAGCCAGAAAAACAAACGCAGCGUUAUGCAGUAUGGCAUGAUGGAAGAAGAGAAGUCCAUAUCCAUCAAACCUCUAUAAACAAAAACUGCAAAGCUUUUCAAUACCCUUUCCUUGUCUUCCACGACAAGGUUGAAUUAAAGAAAGUCGUAUAUCUGCGAGAUACAACCGUUGUUUCUCCUUUCUCUAUUCUACUUUUUGGUGGCUCAGUCGAUGUUCAUCAUCAGAGUGGAUCAGUGACGAUUGAUGGGUGGUUGAAGCUAGCAGCACCAGCUCAGACCGCGGUUUUGUUCAAAGAGCUUCGGUUAACCCUACAUUCUAUUCUCAAAGAUCUUAUCCGAAAACCUGAGAAAUCAGGAAUAGUCCACAACGAAGUCGUCAAAUCUAUGGUCCAUCUUCUUAUCGAAGAAGGCAAAACCGUGAGACACAUGACGAAGUAA